ACGCUUCUGACUCUCAUGCCCACAAAAUAUCGCAAAUUUCAACCUGGGUCACUUAAACUCAACCCUAACUCAAAAACUUGCUAAAUUCUCCUUCAAAUCACCCUCUGAUAUGCCGGCGUCCACCACGAGUGUUAUUAUGUCAUCUACCUACUCUUAUACGCAAUAGUCUGGCCCUCGUCACAUCAAACAUCUCCCAGAGUGCCAAGGGGGGGAAGGGGAGAGAAGCGAGGCACUGCGGUGGGCGGUGUGGGCCAGUGUCGCUCCAGCUGUGUGAGUGGGAGGUUGUCUGCGCGCUGCUCCCUCCCCGACACACGUGGGACUCGGAUCCUUGUGAGGCCCCAGUUUGCCACAUUUACCAGUGACAGUGACGCCCCCGGGAAUACUGUGAAGGCUAGGCUACGGUGACGCACGAGACAGAGGACGGUCACGUGUCUCCUCGGCGUGGUGGGGUGUGUUACGUGUUUGUGACGGACUGUUUACUGAGGCGUCCAGCUGGUGGGCCUCUCGACGCCCCGCCCUUGGUCCAGGUGGCGUUUAUCGAAGCUAAAGAAAGGAGGAGCAUCUUCCAGCAACAGUCUACAGAAGCUCAGCCGAGCAUGUGUACCAAGAAGAGGUUUGCCGGGCCGCUCCAAGGCGGUCGUCAGGCGGCGUGAGGACGCGGGCGUAAGGAGUCAGACUUGAGAGCCUCCCAGUGAGUCAUGACCGCAGCGUGAUGGUGGGUGUGGCCGGUCCAUAAUAUGUAAUGAAGGUCCGUGGGUGGACGUGGGCCACGUCAUGGGCGGUGGUGGGCCUGUGGGCGUCUGUCACACUGCUGGUGGCCAUGGCUUCCCUCGCCGCUCUCUUCACUCCCACGUGGUUUGUGAGACACUCGCCUUCCCCGCCCGUCAUGUUCGGCGUGUGGGCGUGGUGCCGCGGCGGACUUAACGACCAGCGCUGCGCCGCCGUGGGUCAGGGGGUUGGGGACGCUGACGGGGCGCUGCCCUCGGCGGUGUGGGUGAUGGUGGGCGCCGUGUAUGGAGGCGGCGGCGCCCUGCUGGCCGUCACGGGCCUGGCUGCCCUCCUCACGCCCAUCCUGCCCACCACUCACGCCCGCGCCGCCCUCGCCCACGUCGCCGGCAACAUUCAAGCGGCCGCAGUGUCCCUGCAGGCGGUGGGACUCGUGCUGUACCCGCUGGGCCUGGGUUCGCCCUUCGCCCGCCUCCAGUGUGGUGACUCCGCCUCCGUGUACGCGUCUGGGAGCUGCGAGCUGGGCUACGCCUACAUGCUGGCCCUGGUGGCCACGGCCCUGGCGGCCUACUGCCCAGUGCUGGCCAGGCUCGUCACCUACAAGGAUUACACGGACUACUGGUCGAACCUUAACUAUAUGUGAUGUCCCUGUGUGCCCCGAGGAGACCUCGCGGGGCACAGUAAUGGUAACUCUCCUACUGAGGAAAAUGACGGAAAAUUCUAGCGCUUGCAGUGAGACCAGUGGAGGCCAGUGGCGAUGCAGGUGGCCUGAGGUGCUGAGUGAAGGGAGAUCGUAGUGGCCGCUGGCUGACGUGUGCCAGCCGUGUCUGGUGUGUGCCCGAGAACGAGUGUCGAGUGACAUCACCGUUGGUACUUUGUGGAGGUGCGGGAGACAAGACCCUUGAACACAAUCCGUUCUGUGUGUGGUGGCAGGCGUUCGUCACGUGACUGUAAAUAUAAGAGCAACAGUACGAUUCUGUGACUUUUACGAGCGUCUAUCAGCGUCGCGCCAGACAGUGUUGUGCCGCGGCCGCCACCACUCACGGCCGACCCCGCGCCGCCAGCUGUCACGUCUAGAUGUAUGCGAUAAUGCUGCGUUACGAGGGCGAGGUGUGCCGCACCUGGCCAGGCGGCAGGAUUUAUGUGGAAUGUGUGUGUGUCCAUGUUGACUCUUCAUUAAACGAACAGAUAAUAAAUCGAACGAAUAUUUACUAGGACGAAUAGGAUAAAGUUGACGAUGAUCAUCUAUCAUGUGAUGUGUCAAGUAAUUGUAACAUUUUUUUCAGGGUACACCGUGACUCCCGUCGUGUGUGAUUUGUUAGAUGCGCCGGUAUUUCUUCAACAAUAGUUGCUCGUGUUUGUGAAAGAAGGAUCAAAACUCCACUCAAGUCUAGUCACUGACUGAUGAAAACUCAAGUCGCUGGUCACACUACGGUCAAGGCAGCCUCAGAGGUCCACCUGAGUCCUCGUGUUAGUCCUCCACCACCGACGGCUGUCCGCCGCACCAACUUCUGACCGCCAGUAUUGAUUUACCGACGCCAUCCAACUUCCGACGUUCAUAUUCAACUAGACAGUGUUAGACUGUAUCUGACGCGGCUCUGCGGGAACAAUAGUGCCCUGAUUCGCUAAUGAAUAUCAAUUGUAAUCGCUGAAUGCGAGGGUGACGGCCAGACAUCAAUAUGUGUGACGGUCGCUCCCCGAACUCGGAGGACUCAGUGCAGUGUUAUGUUGAGAUGAGAGUCCUGGGCGUCAACUAUAAUUUUGGGAAUAUUUACUGAACCACGACGGACUUUGUACAGCAAUCAGAUCCUUGUUGUGUGCCGGCUGGGGACCGACUCAGUACUCUCGGCGACACGCUCUUGUCGCUGGUGACGGAGGACUUAGAAUAUCCAGAUGUAUAUUUCAUACAUACGGUAUAACGCUAUUACUUUAGAUAAUGUGUACUUUGCGAUUUUGACGCUGUACAAAGUUAUGUAAGGAGAAUAAGGCGUGAUGCGAGGCAGGGUUGACGGUGACGAUGAUGGUUGACACCGCACUUAACGCCGGAAAUAUUUUAAAGUAUCUUAAUGGUCUCCUGAUUCCCCCAUAUCGCCCCCGUCCACACGAAGGAAAAAAAGUCCCGUGUCUUGCAGGGCCAGCACGGCGCGGCGCCGGGGCGGCAGCAACGCCCCAGCCCUGAACCCCGCCGGGCGUCGCGUCGCGACUCCUGCCUUGAUUCGCUCACCCCUGCCGGGCGCUGGCUCAGACAAAUAGGGUCUCAUUAAGAGAUAAUUGAGGAAUUUGCAUGUUGAUUCUAUGGCGAAUUCAUCCUGAGCAUUCGAGCGUUUUCAGCAGCAACUCGACCAAGUGCAAGGGGCGGCGGGGUCCCCGCCUUGCCCCGGCACUGGUCCUUUGCAGCAACGAUUUGUCCUGAACGUCUGAGUCCCAAGAACUUGUUGUUUGCAGCACAAACACAGUUCCUUGAUUCUUAAUGAAGUUAGCACGUGUAGCUCACAGUCAUCUUCAUCGCACAAACAAGGAAGUUACGGUUGAUGGGAAAUGUAGAUAAACUUCAGCUGCUCGGCGUCUAUAGCGGAGGAACAUACUUAAUGAGCUUGAAGUGUCACCGACCUGUCCGCUCCGGCUCGUUGCUGCCUCACACCACCUGGUCUGUGGCUUCAGUACUCUGUGUAUAUAUAAUGGUGAGGCCGAGCGAGGCACUGCACCAGUCUUAGGGAACUGCUUCAAGCCAAAGAAUAUUUCCCCGUGACGAUGAGACAAACAUUCCUUUCAAAUAAACAAUUGUAAACAAAUAAAUAUUUGUAAAUACAUGUACGUAUAAACAUAUGGUCGUCGGCUUAAACAAGAAGGGAAAAAAAUGACGUUAUCUCCCGUGAGUCGUGUCGUGUGGCGAUACGAUCAGGGGAGUCGCGGGGCUGCCAGGGCCUUCACGCCGGGUGCCAGGAGUGCCAGGCCUCGAGUGCCGCGCGGGGACCAGCGGGGCAGCCUUGGCGUCCAUCAGCCACAGACAGGCAGGAAGAUGAAUAAUAAAGCACACCAUCAGAUCCUCCGUCGCUCUCGUCAUCAGCCAUUCUUGGUGAAGCGAAACUGUCCUGGAAUAUUUACCGUGACCCAUCCGAGGUUCAUUUUGUGUCCACGUGACUGCCUCUGCCUGCCUCGCUCCCCUCCCUUCCAUCCUCCUCCCUCCGCGAACGACGCACUCACACACAACACCGACCUCCGCCAUGUCGCGGCCACACACACUUACACAAUAUUCAUAGCGGCGAGCGUCACCACUGUUUGAUCCGCCAUCAUCCACACUUUCCCGCACGCCCCGGACCAGGCCACAUCUUUACACACUCCCUUACACCUUAGAUCCCCACUUCAGAGCCCUUCACCCUGUUCGACCCACUUCCGACACACACACACACACACACACACACACACACACACACACACACACACACACACACACACACACACACUGGCGGGAGAACAGGUAGAAUACUCCUGGAAUCCGCUCUUUGAAGUAUUAGAUAUAAAGAUAAAGGAUGUGCGUCUGCUGCUCAGGGGGUCCACUCAGCAGGGCGAGGAACACGUUGCUUUAAGCCGUCGAGGACCUGGGAACUUAAGCCAAAUACCCACUAGUCAUUAUCGCGGCGCUGGGACACCCUUUGUGGGCCGUCAGCCAGCGCCGUGAGCCAUGCAUCAAAAGAUUAGCCGACCAUGAACGACUUUUGGUAACCUCAGGAAGCCGUAGAGAAGGAGGCGAUAGCGUAGUGUGGACCGGCGUUGUCUGUGGAGAAUGAGAGUGUGCAGGCGGUGGUGAUCCAGUGAGAUUAUUCCCUAAAUAUCUCUAGUGUUAUCAUUAUUCAAAGAAAUGUUUAAUUGUAGGACACUUUAAUGAUCCAACGAUGCCAGAUUGUCGUACUUAGCGGCUUACAUUUCCCGACUUCCUACCCCCAAACGGUCUUCUGGGCCCCAAUAACGAAACUCUUUAGUUAUCGUUAAAAGAGUUAGAUCCUGAUGUCUCUUGGCAAUAGUUAGGCGUCAGAAACUGGUAAAUACUAUGCUCUGAGUACGAUAACCUGGCAACGGUGCUUUAAUCCCACUCUGGCUACACCCUCACUCUUCACCAGCCUCGGAUCUCUGGAUGGCUUUUGUAAGGAAGCUGUACUACAUAUCUUUUUUGUAAUACUCUCGUAGGUUAGUGAGGCAGUGUGCGCGUCAAGGCUGCUGGCACAUGAGCCCCUGAAGAGGAAACAACUAAUAAGAUAACUAUAUAUUAAUGUUUGGUCCGAGUGCUCUUUUCUGAGGUGUUGCCUGUAACAGCGAGUACUCGCUUAGACUAUAAGGAAAGAAUUUUAUAACCAAAUAUGAAAAUAAACUAUAGAAUCUGU